AUGACUAUUAAUGCUGUGGUGAUUGAUCCUGAAUCUUCUUGUCCCAAUACUAUCUAUUUAAGAAAUGUGGAAUAUGAAGAUGGCACUGGUGUGGGCCUUGCAAGUGUAAUUGUGGAUGAAUUUUCCAGACGGAACAUUUCAUUUGACAAGUUACUAGGUUUUGGCUCGGACGGUGCCAGUGUAAUGACAGGGUCUGACAGGGGAGUCAAAGGCAUACUUCUACGAAAGCAACCGCACAUGAUUCACAUACACUGCAUGGCUCAUCGCCUUGCUCUGUUCACAAGUCAGGCUGCUAAAUCUGUGCCCAACAUCUGUGAGUAUCAACGUUUCUUGACAAACCUGUUCUACUAUUUCAAGGCUUCUCCAUCCCGUGAACAGGAACUUCAUCAAGAACAGGCUAUUCUCAACCAUCUAGUAUUGAAAUACAAAGAAAUACAUGCAGUCAGAUGGCUUUCUUGCUAUGAGGCGGUUCUAUACAGAACUAUUGAUCCAUUGUUGUCAUAUCUGCAUCAGAGGGUUGCAGCCAAAGAUCCUAAGUCAAAGGGGCUUCUUAAAAAAAUGGCUUCCACACAAUUUGUGUACAUAACAUACUUAAUGAUGGAUGUCUUACCUAUAGUCAUGAAGCUGUGUUUGAAAUACCAGGAAAAGAGCCUAGACAUUGGACAGGCAAAGGUUUGUUAG